CCAGGGCAGAAGAACACAAACAUAGGCUACUUGUCAUGAUGUGGACUGCUCUUCUGCUGGUGGGACUCUCUAUUCUGGUAAUAGUACUGUACGGGAGACGAACAAGACGAAGAAAUGAACCGCCACUUGAUAAAGGAAUGAUUCCUUGGCUUGGUCACGCGCUCGAGUUUGGAAAAGAUGCUGCCAAAUUUCUGACACGGAUGAAAGAGAAGCACGGAGACAUUUUUACAGUGCGUGCAGCUGGACUAUAUAUCACCGUUCUGCUGGACUCAAACUGCUAUGAUGCCGUUCUGUCAGAUGUGGCAUCUCUUGACCAGACCAGCUAUGCUCAGGUUCUCAUGAAGAGAAUCUUCAACAUGAUUCUGCCCAGUCACAACCCUGAAUCUGAGAAGAAACGAGCAGAGAUGCAUUUUCAAGGGGCCUCUUUGACUCAACUAUCCAACUCAAUGCAGAACAACCUCCGCCUGCUUAUGACCCCUUCAGAAAUGGGUCUCAAAACAUCUGAGUGGAAAAAAGAUGGACUGUUCAAUCUUUGCUACAGCUUGCUCUUCAAGACUGGCUAUCUGACAGUGUUUGGCGCAGAGAAUAACGAUAGUGCAGCUCUAACCCAAAUUUACGAGGAGUUUCGCCGGUUCGACAAGCUUUUGCCUAAACUUGCUCGAACUACAAUCAACAAAGAGGAGAAACAAAUUGCAAGUGCAGCACGAGAAAAACUGUGGAAAUGGCUGACUCCAUCAGGUUUAGAUAGAAAGCCAAGAGAGCAGUCAUGGUUGGGAAGCUACGUAAAGCAACUUCAAGAUGAAGGCAUUGAUGCUGAGAUGCAGAGGAGAGCGAUGCUGCUGCAACUCUGGGUCACACAGGGAAACGCAGGCCCUGCUGCAUUCUGGGUAAUGGGCUACUUACUCACCCACCCUGAAGCUCUGAGGGCUGUAAGAGAGGAAAUCCAAGGUGGAAAACACCUUCGUCUGGAAGAAAGACAGAAAAACACUCCAGUCUUUGAUAGUGUUCUUUGGGAGACGCUGCGUUUAACUGCAGCUGCCCUCAUCACUAGGGAUGUGACGCAGGACAAAAAGAUUCGUUUAAGCAAUGGGCAAGAAUACCAUCUCCGACGGGGCGAUCGGCUGUGCGUUUUCCCCUUCAUCAGCCCGCAAAUGGACCCACAGAUUCACCAACAGCCAGAGAUGUUCCAGUUUGACCGCUUUCUUAAUGCAGACAGGACAGAGAAGAAGGACUUUUUUAAGAAUGGGGCAAGGGUGAAAUAUCCCUCUGUGCCCUGGGGAACCGAAGAUAACCUCUGUCCAGGACGCCAUUUUGCAGUUCAUGCAAUUAAAGAGCUUGUGUUCACCAUCCUGACUCGAUUUGAUGUUGAACUGUGUGACAAGAAUGCAACGGUGCCAUUGGUGGAUCCCAGUCGAUAUGGCUUUGGCAUUCUCCAACCAGCGGGUGAUCUAGAGAUACGCUACAGAAUAAGAUUUUGACAGCGG